AAUUUUCAUGAUACGAUCCUAACGAUGGCUCCAUUGAAGGUAUUAGUUGAUUUUCAUAAAUCUGACCUCGAAUAUUAAAGAAAAUACAGAUUAACUGUGUAUGUAAGACGUGAAGUGAAGCUCUGAAAGCUAAGAGAAUAAAAUGUCUUCUGAUUUAUUGAUGAGUGCUAUCCACAACAAGGACCUACUGUCCGUCAAAAAGAUUUAUGAGACAGAGUCCAGAGCCGAUCGCCUUUUCUCACUGGAUUGCAUAAACAGGGAGGAACGGAUGACACCCCUGUGCCUGGCAGCUAAGCUUGGAGAUAGGGAGAUUGUGGAGUUUCUUUUGCAGAAUGAUGCCAAGGCAAAUGUUGCAUGUACAUCUGUCUACAGAAACAAAGCGGCUUUGCAUUUUGCAUGUGAAAACUGCCAUGCUGAUUCUGAUCAAAUUGUGGAACUUCUGGUCAAUGCUGGUGCCAAUUUGGAACAGGAGACAUUUGAUUUUGAGAAAGCACUACAUUUUGCAUGUGAAUUUAACAGUCCGCCAGUUGUGGAAUGUUUGGUGAUGAAUGGAGCGGAAGUUAACUGUGUAAAUUUAGAUGGAAAAUCCCCAUUGUCUCUGGCUUGUUCACGGACAAAAAAUGAUAGAACGGGCUCUAGCGGAUUUGUGGGUAGACAUCUGGUCCGACUGCUGUACAGGUCAGACUGUGAAGUCAUACACUUGAAUAGAAGGUCCAAACCUUCUCGCACCAGUAAGGCCCGAGAAAUCACAUGGAGAGAAGUGAACGAUCAUGGACUACCUCCAGAUUUGGAUGCCCUGGUAAAUUUGUGUGGAUACAAUAUCUUGAACCCAAUGAAGAGAUUCAAUGCAGACUACAAAGAACAGGUAGAAUCCAGCCGUAUUGAAACCUCCAAGUUACUCUCUCACUACUGUGAAUCUAAUGUUUACACUCCAAAUGUAUUCAUCAAUAUGUCAGGAGUAGGCAUAUAUAAACCGAAUCCUGUGAAGGAAUACACAGAAGAUUCAGCAGUCCAGCCAUUUGAUUACAUGUCUAACCUUGUCAAGGAGUGGGAAUUAGCUGCCAAAAUUCACGCCGACACAGAGAAAAAAUGUCGACAGGUCAUUCUCAGAUCAGGAGUUGUCCUUGGUCGAGAUGGAGGCAUCGUACAGAACCAGUAUUGGCAGUUUUUUAUGGGAUUUGGUGGUCCCAUUGGAAAAGGAUCACAGUGGUUACCAUGGAUACAUGUUGAUGAUCUAGCCAGUUUGAUUCAUUUCUCUAUUUUCAAUGACCAUGUCCAUGGCAUUUUGAAUGCUGUUUCUCCUCAAGUCAUUACAAACGGACAGUUCGCUUCUGCGUUCGGUACAGCUUUAGGUCGGCCCUCAUUUUUCCCUACACCAGGUGUCAUGAUGAAACUUGUGUUUGGAGAUGAACGUGCUGUAGUUAUUUUAGAGGGUCAGAAAGUUAUUCCCAAAAGAACGUUAGAUAUGGGUUUUCAAUAUCGAUAUGAAAACGUUCAGGAUGCAUUGCAGCAGUGUGUUAAAGGGUGAUAAUUGUUUUUAUUUUGAUGUGUUCAUCUAAUUAAUAAAUGUUUUGAUUGAAGUUAAACCCUUAA